AUGGAUGUCAUGAACACCCUCAUUUUCGAUCGGUCUUUGAAAGAGUUAAAAUUAAGAAACCUCACUCCAACUUUCGUUGAGAGAUUGAGUUUGAGCCUCACUGAUUUUUUCUCUGGUGAGACUACUCCCGAGGCUGUGAAAUUCAAAAUUAAAGGUGGUUCCAAGCCUGCUGGUCAACCUGGCUUGAUGGGUUCUUCUUCAUCAACUGCUCAUGAGAAUGUCUCCCGAGUUGAGUUUGAGGAAUUUAAAAAGUGUUUAUCUGUUGUUGUCAGCCAGCAAGGGAUUCUUAUGAAAUCUGUUGCUGAGAUGAACAAGAAGCUGGACAUUCUUAUUGAGUCAUCCCAAGGUGGUCUCACUCACAAUGGAUCUCAGUCUGAAGAUGCUCUUCGUACUUCAGAAAAUGAGGAUGAUGAAGAUUCCACUUCGGAGGAAGACGGGGAUGAUAAAUUCGACGAUGACAAAGGAGAUGAUCAUCAUGACGAUGAAACUGAUGAUGAUGAUGAUGAUGAUCUGGGUGGAGAUGGUGUUGGUGCUGGUCAGGAUGAGGCUCACACGGGCGAUGUUCGUAACGAUGACAAUGUUUUUUUUUUCUUAUAG